AUUUUCUGUUUAGCUAUGCAGUGUUUCAUUUACGUUUCGUAGCGCGUUUUUAUGUGUAGCCCCCACAGUUAGACAUCAAAUCAACGACAAGCACAACAUUAACAACAACAACAGCAGCAGAAAACAACAACGGGCACAUCUAACGCUGCAGCUAACAGAUGAGCCCCAACAACAGAUGUCAAUUGCUGCAGCCGAAAAUGCAGGGCUUAGCCCAGGUGACUUACCAGAUCAUUGGGCCUCAGGUACAGCAACAACUAACGGCAGAGCCGCAGCAGCAGCAGCAACAGCCACAAGCAACAAGCACAGCAGCAACAUCAACAGCAACACGAACAGCAACAGCAACAGCUACAACAACAACAGCAACUCAGUUUGCAAUCUGCCGCGCUCAUCGCCGGCCGCUGCGACCGCAGCCGUUACAAUCCCAGCCACUGGCGGUAGCGUGGUAACUGGCCCGGGCCCCGUCCCGGCACCGGUGGCGCAGCUGCAACACGGAUUGGCGCCCAGCACGCCACUGCAGCGCGCGACGGCAGCGAGCGGAGGCGCUGGUAUUGCCGGCGCAUUGGGCGUUACAGGCGCCUCCCCCUCACCAGCAGCAGUUGCCGCUGCGGCAGCCGCAGCAGCAGCUGCCAACAAUCUGCUCACGCUGCCGCAACAGCAGCAACAGCUCCUCUACCAGCAGCAUCAGCAGCAACAGCAGCAGCAGCAACAGCUCAACUCCCAUCAUUCGCAUCAUAGCAAGGCAGCGGCUGCCGCCGCAACGGCGCAUAUUGCAGCUGCGCUGCAGCGAUCGGCCGCCAUUAUGAAUGCGGUGGCAUCGCCGAUUCCAGCCAACUCAGCGACGCCGGGUCGCAAGAUACGCCGCAAAACGGAUACAAAAGUUAAUUUGCCUCAAUCACAGAUAAACAAAUGCAACAAUGAGAAACGCCGACGUGAAAUGGAAAAUAAUUACAUUGAGCAGCUCUCCGAGUUUUUGCAGCUCAAUAAGCGUGGAGAUAUGACAUCAACGAAACCGGAUAAGGCGGCAAUAUUAAAUCAAGUGGUUCGAACGUAUCGUGAUAUUUGUGACAAAGGCCAAAGCCGUGAUAUAUCCUCAACAUCUACCAAUAAUAACAACAACUCCACAACAACGACCAACAACAACAACAACAACAAUAACAAUAACAACAAUAAUAACAACAACAACAAUAGCCACAAACCGCAAGCAACCUCAACGCGCUGCACCCGCUGUGCCACCGACAACUGCUCGAUACACCCUGUGCAACAGGGUGAGGUCUCCUCAACGGAGCCACCAUUGCCAGAGCCAUCGCUGCUGAACGGUCAAGUGCCUGAAAUAUCCGCUUACUUCGAAGCGCUCGAGCACUAUAUCAGCUCGGUGGGUUGGGUCCUGCUGCAGGUGAACGCGAACGGCAUCAUUGAGUCCUGCACGCAGAACAUACGCGAACUGAUCGGCUAUGAGAAGCAGGAGCUCUUCCACCAGCCGCUCUAUAUGUACCUCUAUGCGGGGGAUCACGCCAAACUGGAGCCAAUCAUAAACAACAUGUACAGCAGCAGCGGACCAGGCGGUGGAGGAGCCGCCGGUGGAGGCGGUGGAGGAGGCAACGGAUCAGGCGCUGGCUCGGCUGGCGGCUGGGGCGAUCUCGAUGAGCUGAACAAUGGAAAUGCCUCACAGCAAUCGGCUGGCUCCAAUUCCAGUUCCAGUGCUGGCAAUGGCGCCGGAGGUGCAAGUAAAUCGAAACGCAGCAUUUCCACCAAGGUGCGCAUGCUAGUCAAGGACACACGCCCGGCCACACAGACCUCCUCCAAUUGCGAUGCCAUGGACCAGAAGCCGCUCAGGCAGUCCGGACACCAGGACAAGUAUGAAGAGGUCGUGUUGAUAGCGGCGCCAGUAAAGGAUGACGCCGAUGCGAGCAGCUCAGUGCUGUGCUUGAUCACACGACCGGAGGAUGAGUCGCCGCUGGAGAUCAAUAUGCAGCAGCAUGUGCAUCAGCAGCCCAUCGAGCAGAUGACCUUCAAGCUGGACGCACAUGGCAAAAUACUCAGCCUGGAUGCGACGGCGCUGCGUGAGCCGUUCAAGCAGCAUCUGCAGACGUGGGUGGGCCGCCUGUGGCAGGAUCUGUGCCAUCCGCACGAUCUGUCCACGCUCAAGGCGCAUCUGCGGGAUAUACAAGAAUCGAUUGCCGUGCAUUCACCUGGCAGCUCUGGCGGUGGUCCAACCAAUGCUGGCUCCAUAUCGAAUGUUAUAUCACGUCCAUUUCGCCUGCGCCUCGGCGCACCCGAUGUCUAUGUCCAUGUGAAGGCCAAUUCGAGACUCUUCCUCAAUCAGACGCCCGGCGAGAGCGACUUCAUCAUGUCCGUGCAGACGCUGCUCAACUCCGAGAACGAUAUGAAUUGCAACAAUACGGGCUCAGGCUCAGGCUCGGGCGUAGGCGUGGGAGUGGGCGUGGGCGUGGGCGUGGGUGGCGGCUUGGGCUUGAGCCAAAUGUGCGCCAUGUCGCCGGGCGCCUCGUUGGCCAGCUCGCUGGUCAACACGCUUUCCAUGGAGGCGCUGGGGCACAGCUCCUCCACAUCCUCGGUGGCGCAAACGCUGCUGCCCACACAUCUGCUCGGCGGCCUCGUUGGCGGCGGACAGCACAACAACAACAACAGCAACAGCGGCAGCAGCGGCAGCAACAACAGCACACAAACCACCAAUGUGGGUGGACCGCUGAUGAGCUCGGCGAUCAUCAAUGGCAGCGGCAUGCAACAGCGUCUGGGCAAUGCCGGCGGCUCCUCGGCCAACUCCUCGGCGGCGACGCUGGUCAAUGCGUUCACCGCCUCGCCGGCGCCCGGAGAGCAUUUCACGUAUGGCAGCGAUGCGUUUGAGUUUGAUAUUGCACAUUCCUCGUUCGACAUUGAUCCCAGCGGUGGGGUUGGCGCCUGGACCGAUUCACGGCCCAAUUCGCGCGCCUCCGUUGCGACACCUGUCAGCACACCGCGUCCGCCCUCGGGGCAUGGAUUUAGUCCGGCGGUGUGCGCCUCGCCGGCCACGCCCUAUCAAUUGUCCUCGCACUCAGCUGCGAGUUUGCCCUCGCCGCAGUCAAAUGCCAGCGCCGGCGCCGGCGGCAGCUACGGUUUCAAUUUUCACUCCUACGAUCCGGCGGACACCAAACCGGACAAAGAGCUACAACAACAGCAACAGCAGCAGCAGCAGCAGCAGCAGCAGCAGCAAAGCAACAACAACAACAAUGGCAGCAACAACAACAAUGCGCUUAUGGGCGGCGGUCUGCCAAAUGGCGUCGGCGGCCUGCUGCUCAGCCAGCAACAGCAUCAACAACAGCAGCAACAACAACAACAGACGCCACCACUGCAGGAAUCGUCGGAGCGACUGCGUCAUCUGCUGACCAAAUCGCAGAGCCUGGCCAGUGGCCUAGGCGGCGGCGGUCUUGGAGAUGAGGAGAAGUACUUUAAGCAGGAGUGCAGCGAGGAUGAGAAGCUCAAUGUCGGGCCAAUUGGCGGUCCAGCGGGCAGCUUCAAAAUGGGCGGCCAGCCGAGUCAAAUGGGCUUAUUUCCACCAAUUGGACGCGGCGGCGGAAGUGCCACGCUGUUGCAGAAGGCGGGCAACUCACAGAAUCCCAUGCUGCUGAAGCUGCUAAACGAGAAGAGCGAGGAGGAUGAUGGCAGCAGUGGCACAGGCCCGGGCGGCCCCGGUGUCCUUAGCAAUACGCGGCAGAGCGAGCUAAUGCGUCAGCUGCAGAAGGAUGAUGGCGGCAACCAUGGACCUGGCCACGGCAUGCUGGGCGGCAGCGGUGCCAGCGGUGGCGGCAACAUGAGCAACGAGGAUCUCAAGCGCAUGCUAAAAAUCCAAAGCGAUCCGGCCAUGAGUCGCAAGCGUUCGCUCAACGAGCCCGACGACGACAUCUCGGCCAAGCGCUCCGAGGAUAAGCCCAGCAAGCUGUGCAGCCAAAACAAGAUGCUGGCGAAGCUGCUCCAGAAUCCGCCAAAGCUGCCCAAAGCGCCCAAUCCGGAGCAGCCGCUACAAGUGAAAACCCUGCCGGACAUAACCAGCUCCACGGUGAACAAUGUGAGCAGCUCGCUGGCGGCGCCGGGCAACCUAAUUAGCGCCGGCAGCACCGGACCCAAGGCGGCGGCAGCAGCUAAUAGUCGGCAGCAACAGCAACAACAGCAGCAGCAACAACAGCAGCAGCAGCAACAACAGCAGCACCAACAACAGCAGCAGCAACAGCAGCAGCAGCACCAGCAACAGUCAACGCCACAGCAAAACGAUGUCUACCUCAGCCAGCAGCAGCUUGCAUACCAGCAGCAGCAACAGCAGCAGCAACAGCAACAGCUGGCGACCACAGCAACUACCUCACUUACCACAGCGGCCUCAACGUCAGCGGCUGCGGGGCCCGAUACGGAGCUGUCCAAGCUGCUGGACAGCGUUAUGGACUAUUAUACGGAUGACACGCCCAUUGUGCCCGCAGCUCCCUCAGAGGCUUCAGCCAUCAGUGACAUACAAAAGUCGUUGAUGCUCGAUGUGGAAAUUGCCACGUUUGGCGGCAUAAAUCAGCAUUUGCUCAUGUCACAGCAGCAACAGCAACAGUUGCUAGUACAGCAGCAACAGCAGCAGCAGCAGCAACAACAACAACAGCAGCAACAGCAACGUCAGCAACAUCUGCAGCCGCCUGCCUAUCCAGGCAUGUUGAGUCUACAGCAACAGCAUCAACAACAGCAGCAGCAACAGCAACAGCAGCAACAGAACCAGCAGCAGCAGCAGCAGCACUUGCUGCGCCAACAACAGCAACAGUUGCUGGAGGCCAUGCGCAAUCAGCCCUUUCAACGCCCACCGCCCAUGUAUCCGGUGCGCAAUCGCGGCCCCAUGAAUGCCGUUGCCACGCCCGGCGGUGGCGUUGUGCUGCCCAAUCAGCAGAUGCGCAACAUGCGCCAGCAACAGCAGCAGCAAAAGGAGCGACUGCUGCAGCAGCAGCAAAAGCAACAGUUGCUGGUGCCCGAAAAUGCCACUGGCAUCAAUGCGGGCAUCAACAACAUUGGCUCACUGAUGAACACAACUGUGGCGCCUAAUGUGUCGCUCUCCAGGACCAAUCUGCCAGCGGAUGCGCAACUGAGUCCCAACUUUGCGCAGACCCUGAUGCAGCAGCAGCUCAGCCCCGGGCGCAGUGCACCCUACAGUCCGCAGCCAAAUCAAGGCUAUGCGCCGCAGUUUGCUCAAAAUGCACAGCGUCUGUCGCCGCUGCAGCAGCAGCAGAAUCCUCAACAGCAGCAGCAACAGUUGGCGUACCUGCAACAGCAGCAGCAGCAGCAGCAGCAACAGCAACAACAGGCGGGCGACGGCGGACGCUCCAAUACGCCGUUUGGCAGUGGCUCCGGCCUGCAAUCGCCUGGCAUGCAGAACAGUCCACAGCAGUGGCCCACAGGCGGUGGCAACGCGGGAGCUGGUGGUGGUGCAGGUGGUGCUGUUGGCGGACCGGGUGGACCGCUGCCUGCCGGCAAUGCCGGACGCUCACUGCAGCAGCACAAUAAUCCCUUGCUCAUUGCGCAGCUGCAGAGCAACUACAAUGCGCGUCAGUAUCAGCAGCAGAGCCAGCAGCGUCGCGGCCUCAACUCACCCGGCGCCGUUGGACCUGUCGGCGUCGGCAACAAUGCGGCAGCGGCGGCGGCGGCGGCACUGCAGCGGCAGAACUCUUUCCAGGCUCAGGGCGGCGGCGGUGCAACCACGCCCGAUGGCAGCACCGGACCAGGUGGCGUUGGCCUGGGCGUUAGUUUUGGCGGCCCACAGUCACCCUACGGCGGCAGCGCAGCGGCCAAUGUGUUCCAGCAACAGCAGCUGCAGCGCCUGCAGCGGCAGAGCAGCGUGCCGCAGGCGACGCAACAUUUGCCAGGCUCAACGCGUUUCGGUUUGUCGCCUGGCAACAACAACAACAACAACAACAACAACAGCGGCAACAACCACAGCAAUCACAAUGAUAGUGCAGCUGCCGCCGCUAGUCAACAGCAGCAGCAACAACAACAGCAGCAGCAGCAACAGCAACAACACCAACACCAACACCAGCAACAACAACAACAGCAGCAGCAACAGCUGAUGAACGGCAUGAGCAUGUCCCCUCAUCCGGCCAUGAUGGGCGUGGGCGGCAUGGGCAGCGGCGGUGGCAACGGCAUCAUAGGGCUGGGCGGUGGCGGCGGCGGCGGCGGCGGUUAUGCAGCCCUCGCUGCCUAUGGUCAGGCACAGCAGGCGAAUGAUUUCUAUGGUCGAGCGCAGACCGCUGGCAACGGCGGCGGCGUAGCUGGUGGCAAUGCCAAUUCGGAGUUUGUCAAGCAGGAGCUGCGCGCGGUGGUCAGCGUGCGGGCCCAGCAGGCGGCUGCGGCAGCCACGGGCGGCGUUGUCGGCGUUGGCGGUGCGGGCGUGGCACAACGGGGUCAGACACCGCAGAGUCCGCUGCAACAGGGACCAAUGAUUGGCGGCGGCAAUAGUACAAAUUCCAUGGGCAAUGUCACGCCCACUGGCAGCGGCAGCAGCGGCAAUCCAAUGCUCAACACACCGCCAGAUCCAACGCUGGGCUUUAGCUUCGAGACGCCGGACUUCUUUACAAGCAGCGCCACGAGGUGACCCUAAGGAGCCUGAGCAAAACCCAAGGACUUAAGAACAACAACUGCUAAACAACAUCAACAACAACAAUUCAUGUUCUUCAAACGCAUUUAAGGCUCUCAGAACGUUUUUCCUUUAAGAAAAAAAAAACACUAAAUGAAAUGAAAGUCGCAGCAUUUUUGUUAAAACAUAAA